AUGACGGCCCAAACUCUUGCAGUCGCCGUUAUUACGGUGGUCUAUCUCAUUAUUCGCUAUUUCAAUCGUACCGAUGUCCCCAAGAUCAAAGGUAUUCCGGAGAUUCCAGGUGUACCCCUCUUCGGCAACCUCUUGCAAUUAGGCGAUCAACAUGCUACAGUCGCUGGAAAAUGGGCGAAGAAGUUUGGGCCAGUCUUCCAAGUGCGCAUGGGAAAUAAGCGCAUUGUCUUUGCCAACAGCUUCGAAUCCGUCCGCCAAUUAUGGAUUAAAGAUUCAUCUGCUCUAAUCUCCCGUCCGACCUUCCAUACUUUCCACAGCGUUGUCUCUAGCUCGCAGGGUUUCACGAUUGGUACCUCCCCUUGGGAUGAUUCUUGCAAGCAGCGUCGCAAGGCUGCAGCCACUGCGCUCAACCGACCAGCUGUGCAAUCAUACAUGCCCAUUAUCGAUCUCGAAUCCAACUCCAGUAUUAAAGAGCUGUACCGGGACAGUCAAAACGGCAAACUCGACGUGAACCCCACUACUUACUUCCAGCGCUAUGCACUCAACACUAGUCUGACCCUGAACUACGGAUUCCGAAUCGAAGGCAAUGUGAAUGAUGAGCUCCUGCACGAGAUUGUCGAUGUGGAGCGUGGUGUAUCUAACUUCAGAAGCACCUCGAACAACUGGCAAGACUACAUUCCGCUGUUGCGCAUCCUUCCCAAGGCGAAUAACGAGGCUGAAGACUUCCGCGGUCGCCGUGAUAAGUAUCUCACCUACUUGCUUGAUAUGCUUAAGGAUCGUAUCGCCAAAGGAACCGAUAAGCCUUGUAUUACUGGCAACAUUCUCAAAGACCCCGAGGCUAAGCUGAACGAUGCCGAGGUAAAAUCGAUUUGUUUGACUAUGGUUUCGGCUGGUCUCGAUACUGUUCCGGGUAACCUGAUUAUGGGAAUUGCCUACCUGGCAUCUGAAGAUGGCCAGAGAAUCCAGAAGAAGGCAUAUGAUGCAAUUAUGGAGGUCUAUCCGGACGGCGAUGCGUGGGAAAAAUGCUUGGUCGAGGAGAAGGUUCCAUAUGUGACUGCCCUGGUUAAGGAAAUCCUCCGGUUCUGGACGGUCAUUCCCAUCUGUUUGCCCCGUGAGAGCACCAAGGAUAUUCAGUGGAACGGAGCUACAAUUCCUGCUGGCACGACUUUCUUCAUGAAUGCCUGGGCUGCUGACUACGACGAGGAUCACUUCAAAGAUGCCAAUAAAUUCAUUCCCGAGCGAUAUCUCGAACUCAACGAGGGCUCUGGCACUCCUCACUACGGUUAUGGAGCUGGCUCUCGCAUGUGUGCAGGCUCACAUCUUGCAAAUCGGGAGCUUUUCACAGCCUUUAUCCGCCUGAUUACUGCCUUCAACAUGCACACAGCAAAGGAAGCUUCCGACCGACCUAUUCUCGAUGCAAUUGAAUGCAAUGCCAUUCCUACUGCACUGACUACCGAGCCUAAGCCUUUCAAGGUCGGGUUCACCGCACGCGACCCCAAGAAGCUUGAGCAAUGGAUCGCAGAGAGUGAUGAGCGCACCAAGGAUCUUUGA